CCGUGCAACCUGAGACGCGCGUCCUCCGUCAGACCAAACAGGAACUUUGAUGAUCUGAUGGUGAAACCGAUGGAAACGUCCAGGAGAUGAUGUUCCUGUCCUUGAUGAUUGAUUCGUCUUUCAGAAUGUUCAGUUAUGCUGUCCUUGUACUCGUCUCAUUAUAGAUCCGAUCCUUAUUUCUGAUCAAGUAGUCCUACUUCUGCUCGACUACAGCUUUGUGUGAUUGAACACUUGGGUCCGGCUGAAGAAUAGCGAAGGAACCAGGUCGCAUUGUUUCCAGUCUCAUUAUUAUAAAGGACUUCCAGAUCAUACAGGAUGUCUGCCACAUACCGCUCCUUAUUCCUUUUGCUGGUGAGCUUGCUCUCGACCAGGGCUCAAACUGAGAUGAAGCGGGUUGUCGGGGACAAUGCAACAUUGCCUUGCCAUCACCAGUUCUGGCAGUCGAAUGGGCAGACACUGGACAUUGAAUGGCUCCUUCAGAAACCCAACGUCAAACAGCGUGUGAUUAUCACAUUCUUCAACAAUGAGGUAUACACUAACGACAACCAUGCCAGUCGCCUAUCCUUUGCGGGCGACUACCUGAACGGAGACGCCUCUCUCCUGAUCAGUGAUUUGCAGCUGACUGACUCUGGAGAGUACCACUGCAAGGUCAAGACUGGAGGCAAAUACCACUGGAGCCAAGUCAACCUUAUUGUGCUGGUGAAACCCUCUAAGCCCAGAUGCUGGAUGGAGGGCAGGCUGCUGGCAGGCAGUGAUGUGAAGCUCAGCUGUAAGUCUUCAGAUGGAUCUGACCCCAUCCACUACAAAUGGGAGCGAGUGCUAGAUAAGGGCAAGAGUGUUGGAAAACUACCACCCCUUGCCCUGAUCGAUCUGAAGAAUCCAGAGAUCGUGACCUUGAGAAACCUAACACAGGACAGCUCAGGGGUCUACAAGUGCACUGCCAGCAACGAUGUAGGAGAGGAGAACUGCAUCAUCGAGGUCACAAUGCAAUAUGUGCGGGGAAUGGGCAUGGUGGCUGGUGCAGUGGUGGGCAUCUCUUUUGGCGUUUUGCUCCUCAUUCUCAUCCUCUGGCUCGUCUUCCGCAAGAAAGAAAAAAAGAAAUAUGAGGAGGAGGAGACACCUAAUGAGAUCAGGGAGGAUGCAGAAGCCCCUAAAGCCAAGCUGGUGAAGCCCAACUCCCUCUCCUCGUCUCGCUCAGGCAGCUCCCGUUCCGGGGCUUCCUCUACACAAUCCAUGGUCCACAACAGCGCCCCUCGAAUUCAACGCCCGCGGCCACCUGCUGUCACUGCACUCAAGGAGAAUGGACAGCCCCACGGUUUCCCCCAGUCUCCCCCAUCCUACACACAGUCGAUGCCCAAGACCCCAGAACCCCCUGCCACCCCAAAAUUCAGACCCCCAAACCCUCCAGUGGGCUUGACCAUCCCAACGGGAGUCAUGGCACCUGCCCAAAGUAAAGCCUUUCAGACAGUGUAGAGAGAAGUGUAAAGGAAACACAGCCUGGUGCGGGCCUCUAUAUGGGAAGCCCACAGUGACUCUUCUAAAAGUUGCAACGUAAAUUGGAAGUAAAACAAAAAAAAACACUAAAAAUAAAUAAAUAAAAGCAUAAUUAAAUUAUGUAAGUUGAAAUGAAAUCAAUCAUAUUAAACCUAAAAAGUUGAAUGCAUAUUUACAAGGGAAAAUACAAAGUGCUUGUCCCCUUCUGAAGUAUUACUUCUUUUUUGGCUCUCUUGGCACAGACUGGCCUUUUUUAUUACAUUAUUUUUUCUUUGUCUUUUUAAACGUAUGAAGGCUUUGGAAGCAUUGUGGGCAGUGAGGUGGAAAGAUUUCCCCUAGUGGAGUUUAUAUAUUUUUUGAAUAAGAGGCUAAAGAACCAAGGGCACACUGGGUUUAAGAAGCACUGAUGGAGAGGGGUUGAAGGAACAGCCAACUACACCUUUAAAGAGAAAUGAACAAUAUAAUCUGAGAGCCUGUUGAAAGAGAGUGGACAGCUUUGGGAAUACGGAUUGUUUCUGAAGAUAUUCAGUCCAUCUCAUUUAAAAUGUGCCCAUUCAUCCUUUCCCAAAUGCAAUGCAAACAUCACCCUUGGCCUCACUCAGAAAUGAAAAUCUAAUGCAAUCAUAUUAUUAACUUAACUCACCAAGAAGAAGAAAACAGAGAUAUUUUGAAAGAAUGACUUCCUGAUAGACAUUCCAGUACAUAGAGACCUAAAUGACACACUUAUGAGAACUGGCAGCACAGAGAGAAUAUUAGAGUUCAGUUAUUGUUUAACACACUAUGGGGCAAAUUCACAAAAUUGUCAGGCCACUUUUGUGUGCAAUAUUUGAAUGAAAAAACCUUUUUAAUAAGUGCCCACAAUCCAGUUUAACCAGGUACUAUCUGCACGGGUAUAGCGCUGAACCAUUUAAUUAAGUUAAUAAGCACAUUUACACACACCAUUAUGCUGAUAUAUAUCAAGAAUCAGCUUACUUCUAAAAAUCGAACAACGCAAGAAAUCUGCGUUUACAUGAGACUUGAUAUAAUUUAAUUAUUCUCUGCUUUUGAUGUCAAAAGGAAAAGAAGCAUGUGCACAACACUCACAACACAUUGGAUGUCAAUAAGAAUGCUGUUAAAGGUUUUUAUAUGCAACGUGAAUUCGGGGUAAUGGGCAGAAAUCUAGGUUUGAUAAUUAUUUGCUUAAACUCAUUAUGACCUCACAAGAUAAAGGAAUGCCGUUAAGGCGUUUACAUGACCACACACAUUGUUGGCUCAUUAAGCAUAAUCAGUACUAGAUUGUGCAUGUAAACACAGUCACUAUCAUACUUUUCAGCAAUUAACAAAACUCAGCUCUACUUGCCUGAUGCAAUUAACGUUGCGCUAUUACCGCCCGGGGAAAGCAGGCAGCAACCGAUAUUUAUUUUUUAAGAGACGUUUGUGUAAAUUGUUUUGCGAACAUGUCAGCAAUGAUUCAUCAAAUGGUGGACAUGAGCAUUAUAACUUGCCUAUAUUCCAAUGUGCCGUGCAGUCAAGUGCACUUUUAUCAUAUAAAAAGUCAAAUUAGUUGCCUGGAUCAUAGUGUUGGAGCGAUGCUGUACAGUCCAAUUAAAGUAUCAUGUUAGUCUGCUGCAUGUUCAAAUUGCACCGUGAAAAUUGCAUUCUGCAAAACAUUUCAGACCUGUUUGCACCAUUAACUGAUUUGCAUAAUUCCUAAAGUGAACAGCAUGUGCAAAUAAAUGAUGCUAUCAGCGGGCGCAAUACAUUCUUAGCGAAUUUCCCCUUGUGUGUGCUCGAAACUGUUACACACUAUUAUAAAUAUUUUCAGUUAAAUCUGUGUAGGUCUGUGCCAAAGAGACUAUGGUCUGGGUUUGGAAGUCAUCCUCACUGCUUGAUGAAGAGCUAUGCUUCAGUUUUUAUUACUUACUGAUAACGGUAUAUUUGUUACAGCUUUAUCUACAAUGGUACUGAAACCAAAAUCUGUCAUGAAUACUAUGAAUGUGUAUAAGACAAAGAUAGUUGUUGCUUUUAUCUAUUUUUUUUUUCUUUCUUUUCUAGAAUUCCCAGUAGUACUACAUGAUAGCAUAUGAGGCACAAGUAACUUUUUUAAAUAUAAUCUCACAGUACUGUGGAUAAGUAAUCAAAAGGUAAUGAUAUAACAGGGACUAUUGUACAGAGCGUGUGUGAAAGUGUGCAACUCAAUGCGUGUGUUGUUGUGUGUGCUGCAGGUGCAAAUUUGUGUACGCACCAAGGUACUCCUACUUGUUUGUGUAUGCACCAAGGUACUCUCCAAGGACUUUGCUGGGACCCACUAACAACUGGCAUUCUGAAACCUGCUGAAAAGACCAGCUUGCACCAGCAUGAAUUUCUAUGCUGUUUUAAGCUGGUUUGGUCCAAGUCUGAUGGACCAUCAUAGCCAACAUCCAAAACACAACACAUGCUGGUGCUUUCAGCCGGGAAGAUGGCUGCCUCUUUGUGCCAGUCGCCUCACGGCUUCCUCCAUCAAGCACUGUCAAAACCCUCUCCAUUAGCGGUAUCUCUAAGCCCCCCGGGAAGACCUUGUUUGGUGCAUUUGUGAGUUUUGAAAUGGACAAGUUGAUUGUUUUGUGUGCCUUCACAGUGUUUUUUUCCCCUGAGAUUGUUUUUCCUGCUCAGUCCUUCUUCACAAUGUACCAGACUAAAAAUGGAUGUGUCUUGGUAGCCAUGUGUAAAUUGGCCCCUUUGAAAUCCCGUAAGAAGAAGGAGAAUGUUCUGGCACAAAGAGGUAGUCAAACACUGCCACACAAAUAAUGUUCACUCUGUUACUGUUUUAUAUUGUACAUACAGAUAAAUAUACGCACACGAUAUCCUUUAAGUUAUCGGUUGAUAAUUGGAGUUAUAGGCCAUAAUAAAGAUGUAGAUGAUGUAUUAUGCAUUUUCAGAGAGUAAUAAUUGGUCAUUGUACCCCCUAAACCACUAAGCUUCCUUUAAUAAUUAGAAUAAUUUCCUUUUAAAUGGCUACUUGUAUAUCUGCCAUUGAUGGACCUUAAAUAUUUUUAAGAGAGGAAAAGCCAUAAGCAGGCCCAGAUGAAAUUGCAAAUUUUUUCACACUAUUUUCUGUUCUGCUUUUGGGGAGAAAUAUAUGGAAUGGAUUUAAACAUGAUUCAAGUUCAUUCAUGUCAGCUACGUGUUGCAAGCUGAUUGGUCUUUUAAACAUGCUGUUGGUCAAUCAGCUCGUAUACUCCAUGGCCCAAACUUUUUUUGACAUGUAAUCUGUAAGCCAAUCAACUUGUGUACUCUCUCUUUAUCUAACAUUAAAUUUGCCUCAGUUGUUUGGAGGUAAACUGGUCUCAGUAUAGCCCACUUUUGAGAGUUUUCUCUCUUAAACCCCUUCUUCUCACCAACACUGUCUCUCUAGAGCUAAGGGGAUUAGACAUGCAGCAUGUCUUUUGCAUGUUAUAGUGGUAGCAAUUCUUCAUACUUGCUCUGCAGCAGCAUAAGCAGAUCUAGUUGACCAAGACCAAACCUUCCAACUUGUCAUAUCCAUUAUAACACCUUAAAUAUAUUCUGAGAGUUGUCAUGACUGAAAUGGUAAAAUGUGUUGAACAUUGCUGGUAGUAAUUACAUCUUAUUGCCAUCUGAAAGCAUUAAAAUAUUUCAUAUUUCAUAAACAAGUAUGCUAGGGGAUGGGAAUGAUGGGUGUUUGAAUAUUUGUGGAAAUCUGCAAGCAGACUCUGUGAGGGUCUAGCCUUUACAUGGAAGCAAGUAAAUUACACAAUUACACAACUGUCCUUCCUCCAACAGCCUUUUUGGUUUUCAGGAUUCUUAUUUUUAUUACUACCAGUCAUUUCCGCAAGCACAUCUGCCAAGUAGAAGACACAUUGUUCCUCAUUCUUAUUGGGUUGAGGUAAUGAUUGACACAGUAAUGUAGCUGAGUGCUGCUCAUGCCCUGAUUAAUUUUCUUCCCAUUAUAUAUGUUUGUAUUCGUUAGACACACACGCAUGCACGCACGCACACACACGCACACGCACACACACACACACACACACACACACACACACACACACACACACACAUACAUUGGUGCGGCUAUCCUUAUGAGGACUCUCCACAGACAUAAUGAUUUUUAUACUGUACGAACUAUAGAUUCUAUCCCAUACCCCUAAACCUAACCCUCACCAAAAAAAAUUCUGCAUUUUUACAUAAAAACAAAAACAUAGUUUAGGAUGCUUUUUAAGCGAUUUGAAUAAUGGAGACUUUGAAAUGUCCUCAUAAACCACAUUAAUAGCAUAAUUCCCUUAAUCCCGUAAUUGCCAGUUUGUAACCUAAAAAAAUAAUUCCUCGUAAACCACCCAAACCUGCCCACACACACAUACACGCACACACUGCUUCCCAUGGGUACACAUACACAAGAAGGCUAACUCAACCUCAUAAAAUAACACUCUCUCUAGAGCCAUGAGGCAUUGUUGGCAGUAUUGCUGUGUGAACUGUUGUCAGUAAGUGUGAUGAAUGGGCUGUCACCCAGAGUGGGUAGUGAAUGAUGGGAGUCAUGAAGGGAACACAGUCAGAGUUCUAAGGGUUCAAACCCCACCAAUACCCUUACCCCUAAAUCAGGAACCAAGAUGAUGUAUGUGCAGGUGUGUGGAAUUACCUAGAUGCUCUUCAAUUACCCCUUAUAUUGGGUGAUCACUAAAUAGCUCUAACAUUGUAACAGUAACUCUUUUCAUUCAAUUGUUGAAACAUUGGUUCUGUUCCAAAACCUAGUGAGGUGCCUUGCUAUCUACUACCUACAUAGGCAGCUGGCUUCUAAGGCAGCAUGAAAAUGGACGUAAAGUUGGAACACUUUGAACUUGCAUGAACUAGCACCUUUAUUGGAUUUGUUUAUUAAAUAACAUAGUCAAUUUUGAUAACACUUUCCAGUGUAAUGGAAGUAAAUGUGGUUGUCAGUCUCAAACACUGACUGUGCGAACAUAGACUUAUAAGCAUAAAAUACACACUACUAUUGGAUAAAACUCUAAAUGUUUUAUUAUAUGAACUCAUUUGUAUUUUCACUUUUCAGCACUGAAUACAGUUUUGUCAACUUCUCUCACUUCAUUCACCAUCUUGAAUGGAUUUUUCAUAGAGAGCAUCAUAAAUGUACUGCCAAACUUUUGGAACAGCCUUCGCUUUGUAUUGAACCUAUUAUGGGCCACAAUGCUGCCUAAUUUGACAGUUCCCUAGUUUUUGUAACAGAGCCAUUGCUGUAAGUUUAUUCUUGCCCUUUUAGUGUUUUUGGACAUUGUUACACCAAAGCUAUCCAAGUUCAGCCCACUGUAUCACCAGUAAACCAGUAAAGCUGAUUGAAAUCAUGCUGUUCGCCUUCCAUUGUUCUGUUCCUUUGCUCUGGCAAUUUUUCAUUUUAGUUCAUUUAUAAGCUCUCUCCAGCAUCUCCUCUACACCCAGUAAGACAAACUGGUCCACUUUCUCAAACAAUUGAUCUUUAGUGGCAUUUUUUUCAACACUGCAAAAGAGCUGUUGUGGUAUUUAUGCACCACCAGUGUACCAUCUCCCACAGCUGCCAAUACAUUCUGAUGUAGUGCUCUCAUUUCAAGGACAUUCUGUUUUGAAUAAUUUAAGACUGGGAAAUAGUUAAGGUCUAUCUGAAAUGUGUUUUUGAAAUACCGCUCUAAUUUAUAAGAAGUACACAACUGUCUAUGUAGCCUUUAACCGAUCGUUGUUACCCAACAUGACUGUGAUGAAAAUAAUGUUGGAUAUCUGAAAAAUGGCUCCUUCGACUGUAGCGAUGUGUGUUAUUUUGAAGGUGUAAAAAGGGAAUUAUUUCAAUUGGAAAAGCAAAGGAACUGCAUGUUAUGGCCUACAGGUCAGAUAUUGAGAAUGCUUCGCUUCUGUGUUCAUACCUGUAUUUGGCUGAAUAUAUAAGUGUAAAUAUGACCGACAUCCUCUCUGUAUGUUUUUUUUUUUUUGUUUGUUUUGCAUUGCUUUUUUAAGAUAUACUAUGAUUUCCUCUUUUCUUGAGGGUUUUGUUUUUUGAAUAUGGGGAAUUGGGCCCUGUAUUUGCCUUCUGGUAUGAUGGAAGAGAACAUAAUCAUGUAAUACUUUCUUUUAUUAUUUUUGUUGUUGCGCAUAUUUUCAGUUUUGUAAACCAGAUUGUUCAUUUGGAAGAAAAUUCAUUCUUGUAAAUAUGUCCCUCUACAUUAAAAAAAAAAGUAUAUUUUUACGGACUCCUGAGUUAUUAAUACUUUAUUUGCAAAUAAAAUAUUC